GUGACUCUUCAAACCGCUGAGAGAUCUGAAGCGAAACCACUCAGCUCCUUGCUCCUGCCUCCUUUUCUUCCCAUUUUUUUUUUUUUAACCAGGCCGAUUGCCAAACAGGAUGUUCCAGAGUUGUCCUCUGCCUGGAGAGCAUAAAUACCACUGGGGAGCUCUGCGAGACCACAGUUGGUUCUAGCUGCUGAGCUGAGACCUUGCAUUCCCUGCACCUCCUUGGGCUUAUUUCAUCCAUUUCCCCCUCCUCAUUUAAAUAGUUCAGCUCUAUAAUUUAUUUUCCACAAGCAGGCUUGGAGGAGCUACAACUUCGUGGGGACUUGGAAGUGCUCGGCAAGAUCUGUGCUGAGCCUUAGGAAUCCCAGAAAGGAAACCCUACUGUUGUCUUCAUCACCGCUUCUGCCAGCUGUAGAGGAGCCAUGAAUCUUGCCCUUCCUUGGAUCCUGCCUCUUGGAUGUGUACUGCUCCUGGCCACCACAGCCAAAUGCUUCGUCUUGACCAACUCGAGUCACCUAGAGAGAAUCUUGAGUAAAUAUCAGGAUGGGGAAGCUCACUCCAGAUCCAAGAGAGCCAUUUUAUUUUCAGACAGACAGGAGAUAUUGAUGCUCCACAAUAAAUUAAGAGGUCAAGUGUAUCCAUCAGCCUCCAAUAUGGAACAUAUGACCUGGGAUGAAGAGCUGGAAAGAUCAGCCCACUCUUGGGCUCAGAAGUGCGAGUGGGAGCAUGGGCCGAGUGACCUCAUCCGGUCAAUUGGACAGAACCUGGCGGUUCACUGGGGCAGGUAUCGCUCUCCAGCUUUCCAUGUCCAGUCUUGGUAUGAUGAAGUUAAGGACUACACGUACCCAUAUCCUCACGAGUGCAACCCAUGGUGCCCGGAUAAAUGCACUGGCUCCAUGUGCACGCAUUACACCCAGAUAGUCUGGGCCACAACAAACAGGAUCGGCUGUGCUGUGAACGUCUGCAAGAGGAUGAAUGUCUGGGGAGAGAUCUGGGAGAAUGCUGUCUACCUGGUCUGCAACUACUCGCCCAAAGGCAACUGGAUCGGUGAGGCCCCGUACAAGACCGGCCGCCCCUGCUCCGAGUGCCCCCCCAGCUACGGAGGAGGCUGCCAGAACAACCUCUGCUACAAAGAUUACCGUUACGAGGACACCUUCAUCACUGAGACAGACGAGACUAACGAGGUGGAGACUCCACAAAUUUCAGAGCAGAAACCCGUGUGGUUCCACCCUCCGGAGAAGAAGCCCAGCAAACCUGUCAAGCCCAAGAAAACCUCCCCAGAGACCUAUAUGACACAAGUCAUUACCUGUGAGACCAAGAUGAGAGACAAAUGCAGAGGCUCAACAUGCAACAGGUAUUUGUGCCCAGCUGGCUGCUUGUACAGUAAGGGAAAGAUCUUUGGAACAUUUUAUUAUGAGAGUUCAUCAAGCAUAUGUCGCGCUGCAAUUCAUUACGGCAUCCUGGACAAUAAAGGAGGGCUGGUAGAUAUCACGAGGAAGGGGAGGACACCGGCUUUUGUGAAGUCUACCAGGAAUGGUGUGGAGUCUUUCAGGAAAAGUAAACCUUCAAAUGCAUUCAUGGUUUCCAAAGUCACAACACAGACACUGGAUUGCUACACCACAGUAGCUGAGCUGUGCAAGUUCAAGAAACCUGCGACCCAUUGCCCAAGGAUUUAUUGUCCAGCCCACUGUAAAGAUGAGCCAUCGUACUGGGCACCGGUGUUUGGCACAAACAUCUAUGCAGAUAGCUCCAGUAUCUGCAAAAGCGCCGUGCACGCAGGAGUCAUUUCAGAUGAAGAAGGUGGCUUUGUAGAUGUGAUGCCUGUAGAAAAGAAGAAAAUUUAUGUUGGCUCCUUAAAGAAUGGAGUCCAGUCUGAGAGGUUGAUUAAUCCUUCAGAUGGAAAUGCUUUCCGAAUUUUUGCUGUGAAGCAGUAAAUUCCCAAGGAAGGUGCAAGUUUCUUUGGGAGAGCGCUCCGCUGAUCUCCAGAGACAGGAAGGCUCCUCUGAUGGCAUCAGCUCUGAACAUACCCUCCUUGCCAAUCUCUUUCAGGGAAUUAGAAAAGAAAAGAAAAAAAGAAAAGGAAAAAAAAGACCAAAAAAAAAAAAAAAGACAACAGGUUCUGACUCAGCUGUUUGCAUCUCAUCGCACCUGUUCAGCGUUGUAUCUUUUUGUUUUGUGUUUUUGUUUCUCUAGGGGCAUUCAGCAAUGAUAAACCAUUCUAACUUUCAAUUUACAAGAGAGGUGUGCUGCACAGAACUGUGGUGGCUUAAUGUACAGCAGCUGUAGGGAUCUCGGCGUGGCUCUGGAUGGCUUUUUUGGGAUGUGAAGCAUCUUCUCCGAUGGAUGUGGUGAUAUACAGACUCAGAACUGAGUGACAGUCCAGAUGCUGGGCCCUUUGAUAUAAGAAACUUUUAAAAGACGCAUCGUUUGGGGAGAGUUUGGGCUGUGAUACGGUGUGCUUGUGCAUGUUUGAUUUGUGUGCUAAAGAAGAGAAUAUUUGGUAUUUUUGAAACAUGCUGAGAUGCAUCAGCGCUGCUGUGUUAGACUGCUGGGGCAUUGCACUAGGCUAAGUUGUACUGUGGGGGAGAGGAUGUUUCUGCCGACUGGAUAUCGAGGAUUUCUGGGGACUGGAGUAGGGCUCGAGAUGGUGGCAGAGACCCACGCUGCAGAAAAUGAAGCCACCAGAUCAUCAAAACAGCAGGUUUAGUGUUUGCUGGUCAAACAUUCACAGGUACUUUGCAAGUCUCAUAACCCAUGAGAAGUCAAUGAACUGGGGCUCCUGUGCUGGCACAUCUCAUUCUAUAUUACAUGCCAUUUAAAAUAAAUCUUCAGUUAAAUGCAGCGUAUUGUUUUAUACAGCAGUGCUGGUUGUUUUAUCUGUAGUAGUUACGUAGUGAUAAAGUUAAUCUUAUUUUUGCUAGGAAUCAUUGCAUCCAUAGGAAGCAUGUUCACUUUACCUUCAUGAAGAUCUUUGUUGUGUGCGCAGUUCUGAUACUUAAAAAGAUACAGCAUAAAUUGGGAUAGAUUUUUUCCCCCAUUGUUUUUUUUUGACAGCAAUCCCAACUUUUAGUGUAAAUGCUGUACCCUUGAGCAUUUGAUAUCCAGGAUGCUGUUUUGCGAAACCUAUAGAUGUUGCAGUGAUACUAUUUAAUGUUUUGUUAUUUAUGUCUCAACAUGCAUCCAAAGCACUUCAAAGCCAAGAGAAUAGCCUGGUCUGAGCUGCUCUUUAAGGCAGGAGACUCUUCUCUACUUCAUAUUGGAAAUUAAUUUUAGGCUCGGUCUAAACACAAGUCUGGUUGUCUUUUACACACACACAUCCAGUAACUUCAUUAAUCAUGAGAAAGCAACACAAACUUUAGUUCUUCAGUUCCUGUAAAAUACAAUCCUGCAGCUCACUAAAUUGAUUGUAAUAUUCUAUAACAAAUGGGAAAAAUUUCACUCUAUUUGGCAGAUGUCUCAUGGCCACUUGUAUGCUCAGGCUGUGUUCAGUUUAAUCUAGAGAGAUAUAAAAACAAUGUCUUCAAGCUGUUUUAAAACACAGACCAAAACUGUUAAUACGAUUAAGCACUUCUUUAAUUCUGCAAAUGCCAUGAAAUUAGCAAAGAAAUUACAUUUAUCACUCAGCUUGUCUCACCGUUGGGGUUUCCUUCUUUGUGAAAUCUGAAUUUGGAAAGAGACCUGCUGUAAAAUAAGUUGGAAUUGCAAUUGUCUCCAAAAGUGCUGCACAGCAAACCUACCUUUGGAGGGGGACGUAGAGAAAUGACUGUGUGUCAUCUUUGUUUGUGUGGUAUUGUCUUCCAAGGUGUGCAGUAGUUGCUUUAGAUAGAAAAACUUUUUUUCUUAUUAGGUAAAUUGAUAUUAAAAACAGCCAGGACAUAUUUUAGGAAAGCUGCUGGUUGGAAGCAUUUAAGAUCUUGGCAGUGAGAUAAGGCUUCCCUGUUUCUGCCCUCUGUAAAUAAUUAUGCUAUACACAGUCUGGUUCAAGCCCAUUAAAUGCUGCAGUAUGAGUCUAUGACCAUCAUGGGCCAAAUGGUAGCCACUGUGCUAUUUAUUGAAUUGGAAAGUGUAAGAGAUGCCAUCAGGUGUCCAGGGGCCUCCUUCCCACUGAUUCCAUGCGGAUUGCAAGAGCACAUAACAUGCCUCAAAGCUAGUGUAGGAUCCCACCUCUAAUAUGCUGUCUGUGACAAUCAUGGAUGCUGUAAAAAUGGUGGAAAGAAACGCGAGGGCUCUUGGGGAAAAGUCUAGAGGAUUAUUGUAGAGCACAUAAAAAUCCAAACAGCUCGGGAUGUAUCUACCUGAUGGAAAGGGAGCAAGAGAGGAAUUGUCCUUCCACCAGAAAUAUCCUAAAACGCUUAAUUCAAGCUACAAUUGUGUAUUUUUAUCUUCAGCCAACUGGUUUGGAUUUUUAGAAACUGAUCAUAAUUUAAGUCUGUGUCUGUUUAUUUUUAUAUUUGUUGUACAAAAGAGAAAUUGUGACUUUACUACACAAAUAUCAUUUGAGGUCCUGGGUGCUAUUAAUUUAAACAUACCUCCACCAGAAUUAGGGGUGAUCAGGUCCUCCAAGACAGUGAAGAUAUAUCAAUGGCUUGCAAUUGCGUGUGCUAGCUAUUCAUAUAUAGGUGGGACAGUACCAGUUUUUAGCCCAGUAUUUCCUGAUUUUACUUCUGAUACCAAAGCAUUUCUUAGCCUAACAUAUUUCAAUGCAGCUUAAAGGUGCAGCAUGUCUUUACAUCUCUAGAUACGUUCCUCCUUAGACCCUAGCUCAGCAGAUUAGUAAGCAUGUGCCAUCUUGAAGCACCUGGGUGCAUCCUUGCUAAAUCCAGGUUAAACCCCUGGCAAAGCUGAUGCCGAGUGGUUGUUCUAGCUUCCCCAGCUGCCAGUGCACGUUUGGGUCUGCUGGCUCUAUUCAUUUCACCAUUUUAAGUCAUCAGCAGCCAUUCAGCCAACAGCUGGUUGAAGAACCUCCAGUUGUGUACUUGGUCAGUUGUGCAGUCUAAACAUUUAGGGCCAGUUCAUAGAGUUGCUUUUUCUUCUUUUUUUUUUUUUUUUUUUUUUUUUUUCUAUGAAAAAUGAUGUAUUUUACUACUUCCUAUGUGUAAAUGUUUCUUGUAAAUUUUUGUGUGCCUUUGCAUGUUUUUCAAGGGGCUGUGUGUUUGUUUAUAAACUAUAUAUAUUUUUUUCUAAAUACAGAAUUGUAAAAUACCUUUUUUUCCUCCAUUUUCUUUUUAUUUCUGAAUUAUUUGUGAAAUAAAACCUUCCCAGAAUGAA